AUAGAAAUUUACUUAACAGUUCUUGGAAUUUUCCAUGUAAUUUUGGCACCUCAUGCAUUUCUCUUACUAUUUAAAUUAUCCUCGAGCAAAUUUGAGCUAGUAACACGCAAAUUAAUCUAUUUCCAAAUUGCCUUCAAUCUUCUUUUUGCUAUAUCCGCAAUUAUUCUUAUGGCUAUGAACACUGAGUUGUCCUCUGAAACCAAACAAGAAGAAAUGCAGUUGGCAAUAAAGGUUGAUGAGGACAUUCAAGACAAUGAGGUCCUUGAGAUCAAGACAAAAACAAUAGAUCCAAUUGAACUCACAAAGCCCGCCUUAAAUUCGCCUGGUGAAGAUGGCACAAGCACUAAAGAAGCUCACGAAAAGUCUAACAAUAGGAUAUUGGAAGCAACAGAGGAGGAUUCUACGAGAUCAAUAAGGAGUGAAGUGCAAACACUAUUGUCUUUGUUGUUAACGGUUAUGGUGUUUAUCGCAGGAGGGGCAUAUGCAGCUCUUCUUAAUUUUCAUGAAGUUUUUCCUCACGUCAAGCAUGUCAAGAUUGUGAACCUUAGCAUCCUUGAGUUGUUGACAUUUCCAAGUGCUACAGUAGAAGGUUUUCUUUUCCUUAGUGCGGCCACAAUCACAUUCAUGUCAAGCAUGUUGGUGAUUUUGUCUGUCUUGUGCCUGAUCUGUGGGAAAUGGGCAUGGGGGCCUUCUUUGGCCACUUUGUCCUUGUUUGUAAUAUCAGCAAUGUUUCUUAGUUUUUUUGCUAUGCUGGAUAAGCUUGUUCCGCACUUCAUCACGGUAGGCGGAGGUCAUGCCAAAGUUCCAGGAGUUCUAAUUGUAGUAUUCUACAGUGUAUAUAUGAUGAUUCUUAUACCUAUAUUGGUCAUUAUUGUUCAAAGCGUAAUUUAUGGAAUUCGCACAUGUAAGAUUGUGAAUUUGUUUAUGACAAAAGCUUAAUUUUUUUAUA